AUGGCACACAAUAAAAACACUGAAGAUUCACUAUUCCUUGUGGUUGAUAAUCCAGAUAACAGAAAGAGAUUCACUGUCACUUUCAAUAAGAAUGAAAAUGAAAAAGAAACAAUUGUUAUAAUUAUUCCACCAACAACAACAUUUUCAAAAUUUUUAGGAUUAUUAAUUAGUAAAUUUAAAUUAGAAGCAUCAAGUAGAGCUCAUAUUAGAGUUAAAGCAAAUGGUUCAACAAGAAUCAAGAGUUUAACUAAUACAUAUAAUAAUCAAUUGAUUGAAUUUUCUUUAUCAGAGUUGGCAGAUGAAGAUCCAGAAGAUAAAAACCAAUUAACAGAAUCUCAAGAAUUACAAUUGCAGUUAAAAGAAAAAGAAGAGAAAUUGAAAUCAAUUGAAAAUUCUUAUCUCCCACUCUAUAGUAAACGUGAACAUAAUAAAUCUAAAUUUUAUAAGAAAGUAAUUAAUAAAUUACAAAGUAGUCAGGGUGAAUUAUUUAAAGUUAUAGUUGGUGAAUCAUAUCCAUAUCGUUGUAAAGUUUUAAUUCAAAAAUUAGAAAAAGAUUCAAGAAUUUGGGUAUAUUUCACUGAAACAUUAAAUGAAAAUGAAAAUAAUAAUAAUAAUAAUAAUAAUAAUGAAAAUGAUGAUGAUGAUAAUAAUAAUAAUAAUAAUAAUAAUAAUAAUAAUAAUAAUAAUAAUAAUAAUAAUAAUAAUAAUAAUAAUAAUAAAAAUAAUAAUAAUAAUAAUAAUAAUUUUUCAUAUACGUUUGAUACAGAAAUUCAAUUAGGAAGAUUGGAUAAAAAUGGUAAUCAAAAGAAAGAAGAUAUUAUUAAAAUUUUAGAAAAUCAAUAUAAAAUUGAUAAAACAAAUAUUAUUGGUGCAAUUUUAGAUAUUGAAUCUUAUUAUAGAAGAGAAUUUUAUACAACCCAAAAUUUUGGAGUGUUGGACAAAUGUGUAAACCUUUUCGUUGAUUUAGAAAAGAUAUCAACUGUUUCACAAAAUAAAUUGAUUGAAAAUUGUUAUAAUUCCAUUGAGAAAGUUUCAAAACAUUUUGAUAUUCCAAAUUCUUUAUCAAAGAAACUUUUAUUCCAAAGUGGUUGGAAUGAAAAAAAAUCAAUUGGAAUUCCAAGUAAUAGAGAACAAAAUCGUUCAUUCAUUCGUAAUUCUCAUUUUUCACACAAGGUUAAUGAUAUUGCAAUGUAUAAAUUUAAAUUAAUUGAUGAGAGUAAUAGUCAAGAUUUUGAAUGUUCAAUUUGUUACUGUGAUUAUUCAAAAUCAGAUAUGGUAGAAUUGAUAUGUGGUCAUUCAUUCUGUAAGAGAUGUUUAUCACAUUAUUUCAAGACAUCAGUUUGUGAUGGUAAUGGUAGCUCAUCCCCAAUCGUUUGUCCAUCACAAGGUUGUUUAAAUAAAUGUAUUGAUGAGGUAACCAUCGAAACAUUACUUCAACCAAAUAUGGUUUCUGUAUUUUUAAAGAAUUUCAUAAAAGAUGUUAUCUUUUUAACACCAAAUACUCAUGAAUGUCCAUUCAAUAAUUGUAAUAGAGUGGUUUUAGGAUUAAGAGGUACUCAUAAGUAUAUUCCAUACAUUGCCUGUUCCGAUCAUGAUCUAUUUUGUUUAUUCUGUAAAAAAAGAGGUAUGCAUUGGCCUUUACCUUGCUCACAUUCAGCUUACGAUGAUCAUGACCUAUUCUCUUACCGUUGGAUCAUUGCAAAUACAACAAUCUGUUCAAAAUGUAAAUUCCCUGUUGAACGUAACCAAGGUUGUAAUCAUAUGACUUGUAUUCGUUGCCAUCAUCAAUUUUGUUAUUCAUGUGGUUCUGACUAUCCUCAUACCGGUGGUUGUAGUAGUGGUGGUUCUUCAAAAGAACAUAAGAUCAAACUCUUCUUUAAGGCCGUUGGUGACAAGAAUAUGUCAAUGGAUGGUGCCUUCUUGAGGGAAUUUUUCGAAAGGGACCCAUUCACCAAUAGUGACCCAGUGAUUAAUCAUGUCUAUAAAUCAUUUAUUACUAUAAUCACCGGUAAAUCAUAUACAAGUAAACAACAUCUUAGAUUAUUGGAAUCUGCCAUCUUUUUCCUUCAUUCUCAUUCAAUCUCAACUAAAAAAUCAGAAUCUGAUCAUUUGAUGGAUUCAUGUCAAAAAGCUAUUAAAAAACUUUUACGUCCAGAUAUUUUAGCAGAUAAAACCUGUUUUCUAUCUCCAUACUAUUCAUCUCAAAAACAAGGUCCUUCUGAAAUUUCACUCUCUGCAACUAUCUGUAAAAAUGGUUCAAAGAAAUCAUUGGGUAAAUUAUUUGUAAAUACACAUUUCCAUGAUUUCAAACAAGAGAUUUCAAACUUAUUAAAUAAAUCAAUUCCAUCGGAUCAAGUUGAAUAUGAUCCAAAGAAAAUUAGAUUAUUCAAUCUCUAUGGUGGCCAAAUUAAAUCUUCAUCCGAUAUCAUUAAUAAUGAACCCAUUUUCAUUACCACUUCAAUUCAUGAACAAUUUAUUGAACCACAAAUUCCAACACUAACUCUAGAAGAAAUUGAAGAAGCUCAAAAACAAAUUGAAUUGGAAAAUAAAAAUAAUGUUAAAAUCUUGGUUGACCAAAAAGAAAAGGUUUUCACUCAACUUAAACCAAAGAAUAAAAGAAUGAAUGAUACAUUAAAAUUAAGAGAAAACCUUGAAAAUCAAUUAAAAUUACAAGAAAAAUUAAAAAUUGAUCAAGAGAAUCUUGGUAAUCCAAAUGUGCAAUUAUUUACUGAUGAAAUUCGUGAUCAAUACUUUUAUUAUAGAACUACUUUAUUAGAUUCUGAUAAUGAUGAUUCUGAUGAAUAUUAUUAUUAUGAUGAUUCUGAUGAAUAUGAACAAUAUAAUGCAAAAGAUUUAAUUGAUCAUCCAACUUCUAAUGAUACCACCACUGUCACUACAACAACUGCCACUACUACUACAACCGCUACUGAAGAAUCAAUUAUUAUUGAUGGUGAAGAUGAAUUUGUAAAUAUUGAUUCAAAUAGUUCUUCCUCAGAAUUUGAAGAUGGUGAUGAAGAUCUCUUAGAGAUUAAAAGAUUACAAGAAAUUGAUGACCAAGUAUUAGAAAAAGAAAAUCAAUUAAUUGUACAAGAACAAAAACAAAUUGAUUUGGUCUUUAAAGUUUUAGAAAUGUAUCAAGAUGAAAAGUUUGGUUUAGAUUUUGAUAAAGUAUUUUCAGUUUGUUCAGAUUCAAAGAAUUUAUCUCAAGCAAUUAAAAAAAUGACUAAUUACUUGGAUGAAAAUUAUUAUUCCAAUCAAUAUGGUAUAACUCAAACUUAUCUUUUAAUUAAAGAACGUUUAUCUUUUACUUUCCCAAAUUUAUCAUUAACUGUAAUUGAUCGUGCUAUCAAAGAAUCAAAAUAUAAUCAUGAUAAAGCUAAAUCUUGGAUUUAUAAUAAAUUCCAAAAACAACAAAAGAAAAAAUUUAAUCAAUUAUCAAAAAAUAAUCAACAACAACAACAACAACAACAACAACCACAAUCACAACAACAACCACAAUUACAAACAAGAAAGAUUAAUACUAGCGAACAAUUUGAAAUUGAAUCUGAAGAUGAUGAUUCUUAUGAUAUUGAUGAAGCUGAAAAUUAUCUCACUGAAAAGAUUUACAAUGAUAAAGUAUCCAAGUUCCACCACAAAAUGGAUUAA